CCCAGGAAAAAGAGAGAGCGAGGGAGAGAAAAUCUGAUUAAUUUGCUGUUUUCUAAAGAAAAAUAUUAAGGGUCGCCUACAAUUUCUUUGAAUACAAACGGCAACCCUUCACCGAUCCUCUUACAUGGUUUCAUUUGUAUUGAUUCUUGGAUAUUGACUAAAAUCAUCGCCGGGACCGAAUACGAAGAAAAUACGUUGAGAAUCUGACCUGACAUUUCUAUCCCACUUCUUUCUCUACAUAUAUUCAGGUUUUUCUCGUCGUCAGUUUCAGGAGAGGCUGAGAAGGAGAUAGAAUGGGAAGACCGCCCAGUAACGGAGGCCCCGCCUUUCGCUUCACACCCAAUGAGGUUGCGGAGAUGGAAAAUAUUUUGCAAGAGCACAAUAAUUCCAUGCCGGCACGUGAAAUUCUUGUAGCUCUUUCAGAGAAAUUCAGUGCUUCAACGGAUCGAGCAGGGAGAAUUGUUGUUCAAGUGAAGCAAGUGUGGAAUUGGUUCCAAAAUAGACGCUAUGCUAUUAGGGCAAAAACUACUAAAGCUCCUGGGAAGUUAAGUGUGUCGUCUCUGCCUAAGGAUGACUUGACUCAAGUGAAAAAUGUGCCUCAAGGUCCUCUCCCUGCACAACCUGUUCCGCCUGUACAACCUCUACAGCCUAUACAACCCACACAACCUACACAACCUGCACAACCUGCACAACCAGCACAGCCUGCUCAACCUGCACAACCAGCACAACCUGCUCAACCUGCACCAUUUGCACCAGUUCCAAAUGCAGGAAAGAGUGCUCCUUCAGAUUCUUCCCAGAUGGAGUUCGAAGCUAAAUCUGCAAGGGAUGGUGCAUGGUAUGACGUUGCAGCCUUUCUAUCUCAUAGAUAUCUUGAUACCGCUGAUCCGGAUGUCCUGGUUCGGUUUGCUGGUUUUGGACCAGAAGAAGAUGAAUGGGUUAAUGUUAAGCGGAAUGUUAGACAACGCUCUCUCCCAUGUGAAUCAUCAGAAUGUGUCGUAGUUAUCCCUGGAGAUCUCAUACUCUGUUUUCAGGAAGGUAAAGAACAGGCUCUUUACUAUGAUGCCCAUGUCCUUGAUGCCCAAAGGAGGAGGCAUGAUGUGAGAGGUUGUCGUUGUAGGUUUCUGGUGCGCUAUGAUCAUGAUCAAUCUGAGGAAAUUGUGCCACUGAGGAAAGUUUGUCGCCGACCUGAGACUGAUUACAGGUUGCAGCAACUUCAUGCUUCAAAUGAGUCCGGGUCUGUAGACCAGCAGAAACCUGAACCUUCUUAUGGAGGCAGCAUAUCGAGGAUCUUUCCUACGCCACCUGAAAUGAUGCAGAAGCUCCAUGUGGCAGUGGACAUUGCGGGUGCUGGAUCAGUUGUGAAGCCUCCUUCUGCUGAUACUCCUAUGCCUGCUGGAACUACGGCUCCAGAACCAAAACCUCUGGAAAUCAGCAGCACUGGUAAUGGGGGAAACCCUGGCAUUCUCUCAGAAAAUGCUGUAGUGACAGGCAUCAUUUCUGCAAAUGCCAUUGCUGGAAACCCCGAUUCCAAGUCUUCACUUCCUUUUAGCAACUUUCUUGGCAACCAAACAGAGCAUCAUGCUCCCCCUGAUGGCAGCAGUGAAGAAACAGCAGUAGCAAAAUUACAUUGACUACAAAAAAAUGGGUUUAGUGGGAAAAAAAAUCAAUAAAAGAAGCUGAUUUUCGUGCUAAAGCUUCAAGCUCAACGCUCAAGUUGGUUUGUGUUGGUCAUUGUCUGGUAGGCUUGGAGCUAGGGUUUACAUCAGGAUUUGCUCUAAAAUUGGAAUACACUGGAUUUAAGAUCUAAAAGCUGGUUUCUAGGCUUUGGAUCUUGUUUGUGAGUUAUUUGCAAAGAGUUGAGAAGCAUUUCUUA